GAGGCGGCGGCGGCCCUCCCCCGGUGGUGACAGUCUCUCGGGGGCCCGCCUUCCCCUCGCCCGCCCCGCAGUAUGGCUGCCAUGGGAGAACAGAGCAAGUUUUCACAGACAUUGAAUGGAACUCCUGCUUCAAGCACAGUCAGUGGUGGGAUGGAUCCCUUCCAUGCUUGUAGCAUUCUCCAGCAGCUCAAAGCUAUGUAUGAUGAAGGACAGCUGACAGAUAUUGUGGUAGAAGUGGAUCAUGGGAAAACUUUUUCCUGUCAUCGGAACGUUCUUGCUGCAAUCAGUCCUUAUUUCAGAUCAAUGUUCACUAGUGGCCUUACUGAGAGUACCCAGAAAGAAGUUCGAAUUGUUGGAGUUGAAGCAGAGUCCAUGCAUUUAGUACUGAACUAUGCAUAUACUUCCAGAGUAACACUGACAGAGGCCAAUGUCCAAGCUUUGUUUACUGCAGCUAGUAUCUUCCAGAUCCCUUCUAUCCAGGACCAGUGUGCAAAAUAUAUGAUCAGUCAUUUGGACCCCCAGAACUCAAUUGGAGUGUUUAUCUUUGCCGAUCACUAUGGGCAUCAGGAAUUGAAAGUCAGAUCACAAGAUUACAUUCGAAAAAAGUUCCUGAGUGUCACCAAAGAGCAAGAGUUUCUCCAGCUGAGGAAAGAUCAACUCGUAAGCAUACUGGACAGCAAUGACUUAAAUGUAGACAAGGAAGAGCAUGUCUAUGAAAGCAUUAUAAGAUGGUUUGAACAUGAGCCCAACAAAAGAGAAGCCCACUUGCCAGAAAUUUUUGCCAAAUGCAUCCGCAUGCCCCUGUUGGAUGAAGCAUUCGUAGAGAAAAUUCCUCCCAUGUUUGCACAGGCUAUAGCCCAAAACUGUGUACAGAAAGGACAAAGUAGUGCCAAUGGCUAUACCCAGCGGCUUGGAAUGACUGCUUCAGAAAUGAUCAUCUGCUUUGACGCUGCCCAUAAACACUCAGGAAAGAAGCAAACAGUGCCUUGUUUAGAUUCCGUCACAGGGAGGGUGUUCAAACUAUGCAAACCACCCAAUGAUUUACGGGAAGUGGGGAUUCUUGUCUCGCCUGACAAUGACAUUUAUAUUGCUGGAGGGUAUAGACCAAGCAGCAGUGAGGUCUGCAUAGACCACAGAGCAGAAAGUGACUUUUGGAUGUAUGAUCACUCGGGCAAUAGAUGGAUCCCUAAGGCUCCGCUGCUUCGGGCCAGGAUAGGCUGCAAACUGGUUCAUUGCUGUGGUAAACUGUAUGCAAUAGGUGGUCGGGUUUAUGAAGGAGAUGGGCGCAACUCGCUGAAAUCUGUGGAGUGUUACGAUGGCCGAGAGAACUGCUGGACAGCCGUCUGUCCAAUGCCUGUAGCAAUGGAGUUCCAUAAUGCUGUGGAAUAUAAAGAGAAUAUCUAUGUUUUGCAGGGAGAAUUUUUCCUCUGCUAUGAUCCUCGAAAAGAUUACUGGGGUUUCUUAACUCCCAUGACUGUGCCUAGGAUCCAGGGUUUAGCAGCUGUCUACAACAACUCCAUCUACUACAUUGCUGGAACCUGUGGAAACCAUCAACGUAUGUUUACCGUAGAGGCCUAUGACAUUGAGUUGAAUAAGUGGACUCGAAAGAGAGACUUUCCAUGUGACCAGUCCAUUAAUCCAUAUAUUAAACUUGUUGUCCUGAAAAAUAAACUUCAUUUGUUUGUUCGAGCUACUCAAGUCACUGUUGAAGAGCACGUCUUCAGAACCAGCAGGAAGAAUUCUCUUUAUCAGUAUGACGAAGUUACUGAUCAGUGGCAGAAGGUGUAUGAGACCCCAGAUAAACUCUGGGAUCUUGGACGUCAUUUUGAAUGUGCUGUUGCUAAAUUGUAUCCACAGUGUCUUCAGAAAGUUAUUUGAAUUCCCCCCUUCUCCUUUCAUUGGUAAAAGGCCUUAGUGACUUUGGUAUUUAAUGACAGCAGAAAAAUCUGUUUUUAAAGAAAAACCAAUUCAAUUCUGUCAGUAUUUAAUGUGAGGUGAAAUGGAUAUCUUUUUUUUUUACAUGGGGAUGGGUGCUCUUUAAAGGUUGCAGUGGGGAGAAGGGAAUUAGUGGUUUAGUUUCCUGAUGGAUGUUUUCCUGCGGAGUGAGGAGUGGGUUACAAAGUGCAAUUAUCAGCAUUUUCUCUGCUAGAGUUAUUUGGGCCGGAUCUACACUACUGCUGUAAAGCACUUUAUAACAGUUUUGACAACUGUAUAUGGCGUGUGUCCUAGGUCCCAACCGUUGUCAAAACUGUUAUAAAGCGCUUUAAAGCAGUAGUGUAGAUCCUGCCCUGAUCAUGUUGUUCUAGAGUGACAGUUUGGCUAAAAGCAAGAGUAGAUGGAUUGAGGUAACUAUGCACUAUAGUGAGAGCAAAUCUAACGUGAAUAGCUAAGGUGAAGACAGCAAGUUUGAAAUGACCUUAUUUAAAAUACGGGUAAAAUCUGAGGCAAUAUCACUAGUUUACUAUUUUAGAUUCAGUGACACUAAAUAGGCAAAUACCCGGUCCUUAUACCUCUUCCAUAUGUACUGAAAUAUUGUUAUGCUUCUACGUUGUGGUAGCUUCUGUAGACCUAUAAACACUUGCAGCAGAACAUGAGCUACCAUUUGAAAAAGAGGUGGCCUACAUCAGGUGGCUGCAUUGCUUCUCUUCUCUGAGUUUAGUUUUAGCGCGUGUGUGGGCUUCUUAAUCUUCCAGUGGCUUCAUGAGAGCCAUUUUCUGCCAUUAAAUAUAGAGUUUAAAAAGCAGUUGAACAUAUUGGUCAUCCCAUAAAGGGCUUAAACCCAAUGGUGCUAGCACAUUUUUAAUACUUGUAAGUCUGAUAUGGGUCAAAUGGGACUGCUAGAUUAAGGCAGUCAAUUAGUAUUAAUGUCUCUAGUCUUAAGCAUGUCUCUUCCUGCUUUGUGUGUGAGCCCCUCUUAUAUGAACUUCUUUUGUGGAGCUAGUUCUUAAGUAGAAUAAGUAUAGGCUAAGUAGACUCAAUGGCUGUUUGGGAAGAGUCCCAUCUCUUAGAAGAUUAAGCGCUAAAUGCACUUUCUUUGGCCCAUCCUCCAAUAUCUCUGGCAAUGUAGCUUGGGACACUCCUAGUCAGCCAAAAAAGGCUGAGUUAGGCUGCAAUCCUUUGCCCAUGUACCUUGGAGUAAGUUCCACUGAACACAGUAUGACUUCCAAGUAAACAUGCAUAAGAUUGCAAUGUUAUAAAGCUGGAUGUUGGGAGCAUCUUACAAAAAAUAUGGCCCGCUAACCCAUCACCUUGUGGUCCCUUCUGGUGACAUUUUGGCAUGUGUUUGACUUGCAGCUGAUGAAUUCUUAUAGAACAAUAUUUGUCCCCAGUCGUUCUAAUGUAAAAACCUUUGGAUUUUUCUAGCUGUGGCUUCGCUUCUUGCCAUCUGGUUGUUUCUGGAAUAAUGUGAAAGUUUGCACUACUGAGCUUUUUUGUGACCCAAGGAUCACCACUUUUGGAAAUUUACACAUAAAAACUUUUGGAACAGAGUAAGAGUCUAAGUCCUUGUGACAUUGUGUCUCUAAUUCUACAUCUGAAUUGACUUAAGUCCCCCCCCCCAUCUCUAAGUAGAUGGAUGUAAAAGAUUAAUAAUAAAUCUCUUAACUGGCAAUUCUUCGCCAAGGAUAAAAAUUGUUCAAGAAUAAAACAUGUCCUGCUUUCAUCUUCAGUUUUGUUUUAAAAGAUGACCUGGCUUUAUAUCCAAGGAUGGUCACUACUUUUGACUUCAUAGAUAGUUAAGUUGGUCAAGCUGUGGUUAAAAGAGAUUACAUUUAGAACUGUGUUGGUUCAGUAAACAUGGGCUUGCAAUCCCCAGUAAGGUUUUAUGUUAAUAUGGUCCCACUUGACUUUGUAUAUUUAAAACUUGCACAAUGUAUUGAACACACAACUGUGAAACUAAAAUGGUAAUAAAGCCUCCUUCUGUUACAUACCUCAUCUUCAAGAGAUUCAGCAAGCCACUUUUUCUGUAGGCUUCUUCAUAUACCAUGCUGGGGGUACAGUUGUCUGAAUGCUGAGACAAAAACCCAUGAGUAUAUGUAAUGAUGUGGCUAAGUUCCCUUCAUUCUUAACAACAUUCAGAUUAAAGGCUAGUAAAGAAUAUGCUCUGGGUAGCUGCAAUUUAACACUUGUAAAUGCCAUGACCUCACAUUUAACUGUUGCCUCAAUAGCACUCAGUUUGUUGAGUGGCGAUGGUGCAGAGUUGCGUACUCAACAUGCAUACAGCACCUGACCCUCUGUGCAGUCAGCUGGAGAUGAAAAUUGGUGCUGCAGUGCGUCUGGAUGGUUCAGUGUAGUUUCCACUCAGCACUACAAGGCUGUGUUGUGUACCCUUGACAUUAAGAAGUAACAACAGGAAAAGAAUGAAGGGCCAUGAAAUGUUCCCCAGAUACUGUAGGAUUAACCCCAGGGCUGAAAUGUUCAACUGUGUUCAGUCCGCAGCCUGUUGUGGUGGGUGAUUAGUCUACUGCCUUAGAUGUGAAUUCUAGUGCUUCACUUGAAUGACUGACUAAGGCUUUGAUAUCUUAAGCAUAGUGCUGAGACUGAUUUUUUAAGUAAGUUCUGGUUUCUGUUCACAAAUAUAACUUUCCAGUUGCUUUCAUGUAUUUAACUUUUCUUACUAUUAGUUGGCUAUAUUUGCGCUCUUGUAAGCCUCUUAGCUGCAAACUUUCUGAAGCACCCUCCCUUAAGCAUUAGUAAUUUUUUGCUGCAAAAAAGGUGUUAUGUAUCUUUCAAAAAGUUCAGUUGGAAAUCUUUACCAGACUUAUUGCUGCUUUUUGACAAUCUCCUGUAUUUAUUUAGUAGACAUGUCAAUCUGACUUGAAUUUUUUUUUAAAUAGCUUAAGUUAGCAAAUGACCCUGUCAUGUGAUGUAUAGAAAUACAAUAUGCUGUGGUUAAUUCUGCAGUAGGUUUGUUUUCAAGUUUCAUUUUUAUCUGCACUAAAUACAAAGAUCUUUGUCUAACCAUUCACACUGGGGGAGGGUUUGACUGUAGUAUGCUUGAAAGCUAACUCGUGAUUUAUUUGCCAUGAGGUGGAAUACAUUGAGUCUUAUGCAUGAAUAAUUAUUUAAGCAGUAAUAUCAACUGAAGAAUUUUAGUUGUUUACAUGCUUCUAAAUUAUCCAGUGAGAAUUUGUCAGUGUAAAUUUGCUUUUGAAAAUCUGAUUCUGAACAUCCCUGCACAGUGUGAGAACAGAUGACACCAACCUGCGCUAAGGUUACUAUAAUUUCUAAAAUGUGCAGGGCUAUGUUUGAUCUCUCUGCCCAACUUCUUUUCUUGCUGCUCUUAUUUAGCUUACCUUGUUGAGACAUCACCCUUCCAUUUAUAAUUCUGCUGCUGCUUCUUUUCUUUUUUAAAAAAAACAGUCUGGGAAAAAGCUCCCAGUUUUUAUGCUAGAACGUAUUGAUUUGAAGGCACAAUCCACCAAGCGCUGCUGUUGUACAUUCACCACAGCCUUGCACAUGCCCCAUGGAAAUGAAGUAAGGUUAUGCAGCAACAUCGCUUGGUGGGCUGCUACCCUAAACUGUCACAGCUGUUUAUAUUGUGCAUGUGGUUUGUAUAAUCUCAAAAAUCUCCCUGUGUUCCGCUAUCUGUUUAGAAAUGGCAUCAGAUGUUCAGCGCUCAGGUAUGUUAGUAAGAAGUACUGUAGUCCUCUGAGGGCAAAUGUGUGGAUUUUAAAACAUUUUGCCAUAAUUGCACAAAUUUGCAUUUUUACUUAAUGUCAUGUUAAUUUUCUUAAUAAACCUGUUGUUCAAA